CGUCAAUUCUUUGCACAUCGAACAAGAAAACGAAAGUAGGCGAAUGGCAAAAGAGUAGCCUAACCAAACGUAGAAUUAUUCGGCCAUGUUACUUAAACAUAGUCUUUGGUGUAAACAAUAAAUAUAAACAUUUGCGUGCCGUUAACUAUAUUCGCAACAAUCUUGGAAGAGGUUUUGAAACAUACAUGUCUCUAUACUUCGACUACAAAGUGCAGAGUCCUGAUCCGUCGUCCAUCAACAUCAACAUGGAGUGGCAUCCGCAGCACCACAUCCUGGCCGUGGCUUCCUUCAGCCAGGAGAAGGGGGGCUUCGUGACGUUGUUCGACGAACUGGGGGACGUGCUGGAGGGCGUGGCGUGCCCCUCGCACCCCGUGGCCCAGGCCACCGCGCUGGCCUGGCACCCCUCCAAGAAGCUGCUGGUGACGGGCUGGGAGGACGGCGAGCUGCGACUGUGGGCGGGGGAGAGGGAGUUCGCGAGCGUGCAGUCCGCGCACCGCGCCCCCGUCACCGUGCUGCAGUGGAGCGAGCAGGGCGGGCGGCUCGUCUCGGGCGACACGGCGGGUUCGCUGGUCUGCUCCAAGCUGGACUCGAGGAACCAGGUGCUCUCCGUGAUCCACCACGAGCUCAAGGACGCCCUCACCCACAUCGCGUUCCGCAGGAGCCCGCCCGGGAUCGACAUCAGCGGCCUGGCGCGAGCGGCCGUCGCCGGGGACGAGAGAGCGCUGGACCUGUUCAGCGCCUGGCGGCCGCGCACCGCGGGCCAGCGCGUCGCCUUCCAGUCGGGCGGCGACAACCUGUGCUUCUACGUCAGCUCCGUGUCGGGCAUGCUGUACUACGUGAGCGAGGAGGGCUCCUGCGCGGAGGUGCUGAACACGGACGGCUCCGUGUUCCGCCGACUGCUGUACCACGAGCGCAAGGACUGCCUGGUCGUGAUGACCGAGGGCCUGAACGUGGGCCAGUUCAGCGUCGACGCCAAGGGACAGCUCACCGAGGUCAUGAAGGUGAAGCUGAGCGGGCGCUCCCAGGACGCGACCAUGGCGUGGGCGGGCGUGGGCGUGCUCGCCGUGAUCACGGGCGACCUGUCGGUGCGCUGCUGGGACCUCGAGUCGGGGGAGAACUACCUGCUGCCGGGCCCGGCCAAGGCCGUCUCUGCCGCCGCCGCGGCGUCGUCGCAGCCCGCCGAGGUCUUCACCAGCCUCGGCUACUGCCCCCAGAAGCGGAUGCUGUGCGCGGGCACGAACCUGGGCGGCGUGCUGAUGUGGAAGCACGUGCCGCCCGUGCCGCCGUUCGACCCGGGGCCCGGCCCCAGCGCGCCGAGGGAGCCGUGGCGCUGCUGGGUCGCGGAGCCCCCGUGCAGCGUGCGCGGCGCCGUGAAGCAGGUCAGCUGGGCGCGCUCCGAGCCCCUGCUGGCCGUCAACACCGUCAGCUGCGUGUACGUGCUGCGCGAGCAGGCUCUCUGCGCGCACUUCUGCCGAGGGGUGUCGGUGGUGCAGGUGGCGCCCAGCCGGCUGGUGGUGGAGGCCUCGGGCGAGGAGGGGGCGCGGCCCGGCACGGAGCUGAGCACGGACCUGCAGGUGUGCGGCGUGGCGGCAGGCGCGGACCACGUGGCCGUGUGGAGCAACAAGACGCUGGCCGUGUACCAGCUGCUGAGGGAGGACGGCGGGCUGGCGGCCAAGGUGCUGGGCUCGUUCGCGUGCGAGGCGGCGGCGGCGGCGUGCGUGUUCGAGGACAGCGUGGUGACGCUGGACCAGGAUAAGGUGAGCGUGCGCACCUUCCACGGGACCGUGAAGCAGGCGCUGCCGUUCAGCGACGCCGAGGGCCAGCCGAUCUGCAUGCAGCUGUGCGGGGGCUUCCUGGUGGUGGCGACCAGCGGCGGCGUCCUCAAGCUCUGGGACCUCACCAGGAGAGAGGCCCGGCUGCACUGCCAGCCCAAGAGCCUGGGGGAAGUGCUGUUCGACUUCGGGGAGGUGAUACUGGCCCGCUGCAACAGCAACGGCACCAAGGUGUCGAUAAGCAUCGCUAAGUCGAACUUCCUCCCCGACUCGAAGCUGUUUGUGUGGGACGUGGAGACGGACGCGCUGGAUCACUUCGACUUCGCCCGAGGCGCGGGCGGCGCGGCCGGCGUGGCCGAGGAGGAGGAGGAGGGCCGGGGCUCGCUCAGCCCCGAGCCGGGCGGCAACAGCGCGCUGCACGACCUCAGCGAUCGGUUCGUGCUGGGCCACCAAUGGGAGGAGAGCGAGCCACGGCUGCUGGUGUGCGAGGCCAAGCUGCUGCCCCGCUCGCGGAACUAUCGCAGGGCGUCCACCACCGUCGCCACCGUGCCGGCCGGCUCCCUCGCCGGCGGCGGCAGGAGGACUCCGGACCAGGCGUCGGAGGUUGUGCUGGUGACGCUGUUCACGAGCCCGGAGGCAGGGCUCAUGGUGCAGGACGUCCAGCCCCUGCCAGACGACCACUCCCAGCUGCUGGGGGUGUCCACGCCCCACUACGUCCUCCUGAACAAGCCCUCCGCCCAGGUGUCCGGUGGCGGGCUGGUGAGACGCGUGACCAUGCGUGACUUCGAGGGUAUCGGGGCGUGUGACAAGGCGACGCGUGACGCAGUCCUCAACUUCAGCUACCACCUCACCGUCGGCAACAUGGAUGAGGCGUUCCGGGCCAUCAAGACGAUUCGCAGCGAGGCGGUGUGGGAGAGCCUCGCCCGGAUGUGCGUGAAGACCAAGCGGCUGGACGUGGCGAUGGUGUGCCUGGGACACAUGCGCCACGCGCGCGGCGCCAUGGCCGUGCGGCAGGCGGUGGCGCGGGAGCCCGAGCUGGAGGCCAGGGUCGCCGUGCUCGCUGCGCAGCUCGGCCUGGUGGAGGAGGCGGAGCGGCUGCUGGAGGGCUGCGGCCGGCACGACCUGCUCAACAGCCUGCUGCAGGCGGCGGGCGAGUGGGACCGGGCCCUGCGCGUGGCGGAGGACCGGGACCGCGUGCACCUGCGCGCCACCUGCCACAGCCACGCCCGCCACCUGGAGGCCAAGGGAGAGCUGGCGGCCGCCGCGGGCAUGUACGAGCGCGCCGGCACGCACCGCGCGCAGGUGCCGCGCAUGCUGGCCGACAGGCCCGACCAGCUGCGCGCCUACGUGGCCGCGAGCAAGGACCCGCAGCUGACGCGCUGGUGGGGCCAGCUGAUGGAGAGCAGCGGCAGCAUGGACGAGGCCGUGAGCUGCUACCAGCGCGCGGGCGACUUCUUCUCGCUGGUGCGCGUGCUGUGCUUCCAGGACGACCUUGAAAACGCCUCCCAGGUGGCCAGCGCCACCGGCGACCGCGCCGCCUGCUACCACCUGGCGCGGCGCUACGAGUCCCUGGGCCUCGUCAAGGAGGCCGUGCACUUCUUCACCACGGCCCGUGCCUACGCCAACGCCAUCCGCCUGUGCAAGGAGCAGCACCUGGCGGACAGCCUGUGGACGCUGGCGCAGCUGGCGGGACCGCGAGAGCAGCUCGAGGCAGCGCGCUACUUCGAGCGCUGCGACCCGCCCGCGCCGGAGAGGGCCGUGCUGCUGUACCACCGCGCGGGCAAGCUGCACAAGGCCCUGGACCUGGCCUUCCGGACGCAGCAGUACAACGCCCUGCAGCUGAUUGCGGUCGACCUGAACUCGACGUCGGAUCCGGCGCUGAUCGCGAAGUGCGCUCGGUUCUUCGUGGACAACCAGCAGUACGACAAGGCCGUGGACCUUCUGGCCGUCGGCAAGCAGCACGAGGAGGCCCUGCAGCUGUGCCGGGAGCACGGCAUCGAGGUCACCGAGGACCUGGCGGAGAAGCUGACGCCGGAGAAGGGCGAGGGGGACGAGGCGGUGCGGGCGCGAGUGCUGGAGGGGGUGGCGGAGUGCGCGCUGGCGCAGGGCAACUACCACCUCGCCACCAAGAAGUUCACGCAGGCCGGCAACAAGGUUAAGGCGAUGAAGGCGCUGCUCAAGUCUGGCGACACAGAGAAGAUAGUGUUCUUCGCGAACGUGUCGCGCCAGCGGGAGAUCUACGUGAUGGCGGGCAACUACCUGCAGUCGCUGGACUGGAAGGGCAGCCCGGACGUGCUGCGCAACAUAGUCGCCUUCUACACCAAGGGGCGCGCCCCGGAGCUGCUGGCCAACUUCUACGUGGCGUGUGCGCAGGCCGAGGUGGACGUGUACCAGAACUACGAGAAGGCGCUGGGGGCGCUGGGCGAGGCGCACCGCUGCCUGUCCAAGGUGACGUCCCCCCGCGACCCCCUCCAGCACCAGAGGGCCGUGGAGGAGCUCGAGGCCCGCACCGCGCUGGUCAGCAAGUUCCUGGACAUACGCAGGCUGCUGGAGCGGGGGGACGCGCCGGCCGCGCUGGGCCAGUGCCGCCAGCUGCUUCAGGGCGCGCGGCUGGACGCGCAGUCGGCCGUGCGCAAGGGCGACGUGCUGGCGCUCAUGAUCCAGCACCACACGGCGGCCGGCGCCUUCAGGGACGCCCAGCGGCUGGUGGAGGAGUUCCGGCACGCCUGCCCCGGCACGAGCCUGGCCCACCACGUGCCCGCGGCGACCAUCGACAAGAUAGCCAGGGGCGUGGGGCUGCCUGUGGACAUGCUGGUGCCCCGGGCGGGCGCCGCUCCGCCGGACGAGCGGUCGAACGCCGCAGACGAUGACGAGGACGAGGUGCCUGAGGAAGAGGAGCAGGGGCCGGCGGAGCCCGCAGACAUCGACCGCGCGGGGGAGGGCUUCAUGAACGGGAGGGCGUACGCCGUGUGAGGCCGACACCCUCCCUGCGUCAGCUGCAGUAGAAACGACGAGCCUGAGUUAGACACUCUCGUGGCAGUAGUUCUCAGUUUAUGUGAGCACUUCCUGGAGAGAGGAUGCAGCGGUAGAGCACGCUCAGUUAGGGCAGUAGCGAAUAUUUUUGACCACCGUCCACGGCGUCUAUAAAUACGUGAUAAGUUCACUGGAUCGAUCAGCAUACCUGGUAAGAAGACAUAACCAUACCGAUACAACUCAACGUGUACAUUCUGUCAUGUAUUUGAAUUUUAUUCAUAGAAAAAAAAUGUCUAAAAACAACUGAUAUCUGGAAAAAUACCUCAAGUUCUCAUACUUAAGCUUUUUUUUUUUUACACAGUGAUUUAUAUCUUUGCACAGUGCAAGAACUUUAUAUUUGCUCUAUUUCUUUAUUUACUUGAUGGCCCUUGCCUUUACAAGGUUUAUAGUGCAACUAGCUAAUCCAAUUGCUUUUUUUUUAAAUUCUUGCUAUUUGGUUAAAACAUUAAAAACUACUUGCUCCUAUACAUUGCCAGUUGGAACACGUGUAAGAUAUCAAUUUUUAACUUUUUGUCUGGAAGUUAAUGGGAAUGUCAGAUGAAAUUGUAUUCUGUAAUGCUAAGGUUAGCUGCAAUCUACUCUAAAUCUAAAUGACCCUGGGUAAAAUAUGAUUUGCACUUUAGUGUAGUUGAAGCGUGACAAGUGUCUUCAUUCUGAUGUAGCACAGUUUUAUUUUGUAAAAGUAUGUAUGUAAUUGACUCAUGCAGUUUUCCAUUUAAAAAGUAUUGUAUUCUUUAGUUGGUUAUUUGUUGUUGGGUUGGCAGCACAUACAAAAAAAGUAGUACCUGGAAUCUAUGUUCAUUAUUUAAAACCUUUAAAAAAAUUAAAUGAGUUCUAGCAUUAUCCAUGAGUUAAAAUUAACAUACAAUAUUUUAAGAGUUUCUUUUGUCACCUGAAAAAAAGUAACUCUAAGUACUAUAGUACAUAGUAGAACAUGUAUCGAUAUUGGGGGCUACAUGCUACUGUUGCACAUGUUAAAAUAAUUGUGAACACAAUGUGCACAAAUAUUGUAUAUAAUGAUUGCAAUUGUAUUUAUUAUAAUUUUAAUAUUCUUUUAAUGAUGAUGAUAAUUUUCAUUCUGGCAGCCUUCAUAAUGCAUGUAGGUGUUCUUAACCAGCAGUGUAUUGCAGUUCUAGUGAUUAGUAACAGCUUGUCUCCGCUAAAUGGCAAUAGUAGCGUACACGCUUCGGCUAGAUAAUAUAUUUUUCCCGUGAAUGUAUGGUUUGUUUAUUCUAGUUUCAGAGCAGUCAAUUUUUUUUUU